AUGCCACCUAGUAACAAUAGCGAGGAUAAUGAGUCAACAACAUCAUUGUCUCUUACACCACCGCCGCCUUCGUCAACACUAUCCAGCCAAGAAUACGUAUCUAAGUCUAUGUCUACAUCCACGACUGGCGGAAUUGAAAAUCUGAAUCCUCAAAAUGACCCAGGUUUGUGGCCAUUAACAAUUACUGAUGUAGACCGAACUGAGAUUGUAUUAAAAGGUCCAAUCCGGGUUAAAGUUGAUUUUUUCCCGCACUGGAUGAUUUAUUCACAAACAAAAGAUGCCGUUUACUGCUUUCCGUGUCGACUGUUCGGACUAGAAAAUACAAGAAUUGGAUCCAGUAAAGGAGUGUGUGAUUGGAAACACUUGGGUGAUUAUUUAAAGUCUCAUGAAUCUAGCCAACUGCACAAAGAUUGUAUGUUGAAAUGGUUAAAUUUAGAAAACGGAUUAAAAAGCUGUACCACUAUUGACUCUUUAGCCCAGAAUCAAAUUGAACAAGAAAGGCAGCGUUGGAGAGAUAUUUUAGAAAGACUACUUGCAAUUGUAAAUUUUUUAGCAUCUCACAAUUUGGCCUUCAGAGGUCAUAGAGAGAAAAUAAUAUCUGACUCAGAUUCAAGUGAGACUAGCGGCAACUUUAUAGAUUUAGUAAAGUUAAUAGCCCGAUUCGAUCCAAUGUUGCGACUUCACCUAAAACAAGUAACAGACAAGACGACUAAUGACCACUAUCUCGGAAAAAAUAUUCAAAAUGAGCGUAUACAAUUAAUGGCAAGUCACGUGAAGGCUCAAAUUGUUGACAAAAUAAUAAAAAAUAAAUAUUACUCGAUUAUUCUUGAUUGUACUCGUGACGUUUCUCGUGUUGAGCAACUGUCAAUUAUUAUAAGAGUUUUUAAUACAAAUACAUCUAUUGAAGAACAUUUUAUUGGCUUCUUAGCCGUCGAAAAAACCACAGCUGAGAGUUUGACUAAUUACAUAAUCACAGAGCUAGAACAGUUGGGUAUAUCAUUGCAAAACUGCAGAGGCCAAGGAUAUGAUAAUGGAGCCAAUAUGAGUGGAGAAAAAAGUGGUGUCCAGAAACGUAUACUUGAAAUUAAUCCACUUGCUUAUUUUUUACCUUGUGGGAGUCACAGCUAUAAUCUCAUCCUAGGAGAUGCAGCAUCCUCUUGUGUUCAAGCAAAAUCUUUUUUUGGUUUGCUACAAAGGCUGUACACUCUGUUUGCCGGCUCGAGUCAGAGGUGGGCUAUUUUAAAAGCACAUGUAAAAUCCUUAUCGCUAAAACCACUUUCCGAAACUAGAUGGGAAUGCAGGGUAGAAUCGGUGAAGGCCGUUAAAUACCAACUAAGCGAUAUAUGUGAUGCUUUGAAGGAUUUAACAGAAAAUACAACAGAUUGUCAGUUGGUUAGUGAAUGCCAUUCUGUAGAAAAGGAAAUAACUACCUACGAAUUUGUAGUUGCUCUCGUCGUAUGGUAUGACAUUCUUACAAAGAUAAAUGUUAUAAGUAAAAUCUGGCAGAGCGAAAAAAUGCUCCUAGAUGCGGCUAUACAACACCUAGAGGCAUUUACACAUUGGCUUGAUAAUUAUCGGGAAAAUGGUUUCCAAUCAUCCUUGGUAACAGCGAGAGAAAUAGCCGAGGAAAAUGAUAUUGAUAGAAAGUUCAAAGUCGUGAGAAGGAGACGUAAAAGAACGAAUUUUGAUUAUGACCGGAAAGAUGAAGCUCUUGAAUUGUCUGCGGAAGAGAUUUUCAAAAUAAACUAUUUUUAUGUCAUUGUCGACAAUGUGCGCGCAAGCUGCCAACCUAGAUUUGAGGCACUUAAACAUCAUGAGAGCAUAUUUGGUUUCAUGUAUAACAUAAAAAGAUUAAAGGAAAUUAGUGAUUGUGAACUUUUGAAGCAAUGCAGCGACUUGCAAAUAUCUCUAACAGUAGGAGAAACAUCUGAUAUUGAUGGACAUGAAUUGUAUGAAGAACUGAAUAUGUUUAUCCGUGUAUAUGAAGGAAACGACGACAUUAUCUCGGUGCUGAAAUAUAUAAUAGAAAAAAAUUUAACUGAAGUGUACCCCACAAUGGAAGUAGUCCUGAGAAUUAUUGCCACCACACCUGUGACAGUUGCGUCUGCAGAAAGGAGUUUUUCGAGGUUAAAAAUUAUUAAAACAUAUUUGAGGAAUUCGAUGACACAAGAUCGGCUUUCGGCCCUUGCUAUUCUUUCAAUUGAAAAUGACGUAGCUCAUUCGUUAGAUUAUUCUGCUUUAAUUAAAGAUUUUAGUCUUAGGAAAAGCCGCAAACAUCAUUUUUAAAUCCCUGUGUAUAUCUUUUAAGGCAUUUAUGUACCUUAGUUUAUCAUCAUUAAUAAUUUGUCGUCUUUAUGUUUGUUAACUUUUAUAAAUCUUCUAAUAUAAUAUUUUAAAACUCUAAAUUUAUUUAUUUAUAACUUUUGCAUUUCUCGUCAAUCAUCAGAAAUACCUAUUUCAAUUCACAUACUUUGCACAAAGGACAAGGGCCUCGCAAAGAUCUUCCGCCCAGAG